ACAAAAUCAAAAAACUUCAAAAGAAAAAUACAAAAUUGGUCCCCAAAAUUUGAAAUUAUCAAAGUUACCCCCAAACUUGGUCUCUUAGUCUUCUUCUCUUUCUCGCUUAGCCGUUUAAAGCAAAACCCUGAGACUCCCCAAACCCUAAAAAUCUCAGCCGCCACUUUUGUUCUAAUGGCGAAGAAGAAAGUGUCUCGUAACACCAAUGGAGCAUCCGUUGAGCAACAACAAAUGCAGAGCCAGAAAUCUCCGGUCACUUACAAGAAACCGGCGGCGGAGCUGAGUCGUGAGUCUUCAAUGGAGGACCAUGACUCCUCGGAGGAAAAGUUUCAGAACUUGAAGUCACUCAAUGGGAUUCUUCUCCAGCAAACCAUGGAGAAGAGGCAGCAGAUUGAAUCUCUCUUCCAGGCGAAAGAUGCGUUGGAGGCUGAGCUGACCCGUUCCGGAAAGGAGAAGACUUUGCUGAAGGAGGAGUUGUGUGGUUCGAGCGAUGAGAAGUUCAUGUUGAAGAUUGAGUUGGAUCUGUUUAUGGGUUUUGUUGAGAGUCGUGUUAAGGAAAUGGGUGUUGAGGUAGAUGUGUUGGUUAAGGAGAAGAGUGAUAGGGACUGUGAGAUUAGGGAUUUGAAAAGAGAAGCUAGUGUUUUGAUGGGGAAGUUAGAGAGUGAGAGGGAUGAGUUUAGUAGGGUUUGUGAUGAGAGGGAUUUGAUUAAGAGUGGGUUUGAAUUGCAGAGUGAGGAGAUGAAUCGGUUGAAGGAGAGUGUGGUGAGGUUGGAGAUGAAAGAAGUGAGUUUAGGUGAAGAAGUUGGGAGAUUGAAGUCUGAGAAUGGUAGAUUGGUGAAGGAGAGGAAGAAGAGAGAUGAGUUGAUUGAGAGGGUUAGUAAGGAGAGGAGUGAAAUGGAGAAGAACCUUGAGGAUAAGAUUAGGGAGACUGAUGGGUUGAAGAGUGAGAUCAAAGGGGUUAUUGGAGAGAAGAUGGAGAUAGAGAUGGUUAAACGUGAUCAGAAGGAGACGAUCGUUGAGUUGGAGAAAAAGUUGGGAAAUUUGAAUGAGACUGUGAAGAGCUUGACAAAGGAAGAGGUGGGGUUACGUGAUCAGGUUAUUAGGUUAGAGAGGAAUCUUGAUGAGGUUAUGGAGGAAGCGAAAGCCAGGGCGGAGCAGAUCAAUGCAUUGGUGAAAGAGAAGUCUGUUACGAAAUCUGAGCUUGAGUGUGUGUGGAUGGAGAACAUUUCAGUUAAGAAGCAGAUGGAAAUGGCUCUCGUGCAAUCCUCUGAUAAUGGGAAACUGGUUGACCAAUUGUUGCGCGAGAAGAAUGAGCUUGUUAAGCGUGUUGUUAACCAGGAGGCUGAGUUUGUUGAGCUGAGUAAGCUGGCGGAUGAGCAAAAGCAUGUUGCAGUUCAGCUGCAAAAGGAUUAUAAUGAUCUAACCAAGACUACUGAGAAUCUUAGCUGCAAUGUUAGCCAGCUUAAGGAGUCUCUGGCGAUGGUUGAGGUUGAGAGAGACAAUGCUGGGAAGGCUCUUGCUGAGGAGAAGAGAAAUCGGUUGGCUCUUAAGGAUAAAGUUGCAGAAUUAGAGAAAAUGAUUGAAUCUACUGGUAAAGAGCUUGAGAAGACUAAGGCUGAGCGAGCGAGAUUGGUCAAAGAGAAGAAGGAAGUGGAGAAUCGAUCUGAGUCAUUGAGAAACGAGAAGGGUAUCCUUCAGAAGGAUAUUGUAGAAAACAAAAAAGCUAUUGGUGUUCUGAAAACAGAACUCGAGUCUGCUAGAACCAAUGCAAAAAACAGUCUAACAAUGCUGAAGAGUGUGGCAACAAUAGUGUGUGGUUUAGAAAACAAAAAAGGCGAGAAGAAGCGUGAGAAAGGAAUGGAUUCUUACACUGUGGAGCUAGAAGCGAUCAAGAAGUCGUUCAAAAACAAAGAAAGGUUGGUUGAGGAAAUGAAGAAGGAAGUAGAGAAAAUGAAGCAUUCAGUUGAAGAUGCACACAAGAAGAAGAGCAUUUGGACCCUUGUGUCAUCUGUUACUUCUCUCCUUAUGGCUGCAUCUGUUGCGUAUGCUGCUUCGAUCAAGUGAACACCUGAAGAUGGUACUACCCCUAUAACUUUCAGACAACAUUACCGCAAUCCAGUUCUCAAUAUUUGCUGUUUAACUUCUAAACCAUUUUGAGCAUCGUAUGAGCUUUUUACUCAUAACUCCUCUAUGAUGUUUAGUUGGUUCAUGAAUAACUAUGAUGUAAUCCUUUUUUUUUUCAUGUCUAGCUCUAUCUAUGUCUGUGGUUCUGCUACUUUUCUCUCUGAACAUGUAGUUGAUUCUCAGAAACUCUAAUAAACAUCUUCGUUUCAUUUUUAUA